CCGGAGUGCCUGUGUAAACACAGGGGUAUAAAUGAGUCUUCUCGGCUGACGUGGCAUGUUCUCUGAGCCGACGGGUCCCCAGAGCCCGCCUGUGACCAUGGAGGCCAGAAAGUUCUGGCUGCUGGUGAUGGUCCUGGCCUUGGUGUCCUCCAGCUCGACUGGGCAGUACGUGGGCCUGUCGCCGAACCAGUGCAUGGUCCCGGCCAAGGACAGGGUAGACUGCGGCUACCCCGAGGUCACCCCCGAGCAGUGCAACAAUCGUGGCUGCUGCUUCGACUCCAGCAUCCACGGGGUGCCCUGGUGCUUCAAGCCCCUGCAGGAAGCAGAAUGCACCUUCUGAGGCCAUGCUGCUGCCCGACAGGUGGGAGGGGGACUCUGCCUGGUGCUAGAGCCUCUCCUGUUCUAUCACCUGCUCCCGGCAAGCGCCGCCCCUAAUGUGCGAGGCCUGAUGCCUUAAAGAAUAAAGCUCCCGUACUCAGCAUGAGGACACGUCUUCAGUCCUGAGACUUCCUGCUGUUGUGUUUUAUUUCUGCCGAGUCACUCUCUCCCUUCUCAGCAUUUCACAGACGGGGGCGGCGGAGGGUGUCUGAGCAUCUCCCAGCAGAGGGUCUCCCCCAGGCCUGGGGAGGAGGGAAGGGCCCCAAAGUACCUCCCUAGCUGUGAGGGUGCAGCAAACCUCACAUCUAGUGCUGACCUGACGGGGAGGGCAAGCCACCUUCUAAGUGUCACUUGAGAAACACCGUUUCAAAUGUAAGUUCCAAAAGAAAAAAGAUUAUUAAUGUCUUUCUUGGCGAAGAGAAAGCCAAUAAAACCAUCUUACCAA